GUAUAAAUAUUACUGUGACUGGAUUUUUGUUUUGAGUUUUUCUUUUCUCUAAUUUAUGUAUUUCUGUAUUAAAGUUUUUUUCUUUUCUUUUUUUAUAUUAAUGUUACACUUUACUGUACAUUCAAGAUAAAGUGAUGAACUUCACAAAAUUUUGUUUUUAUCAUUUUUGUUUAAAUAUAUAAAAAUGUAGGGGAAUUUCUCUUUGAGUAGUUUGGUGAGCAGUGAUGUCAGCUGGACACUUCGGGUGUUUCUCAUCAUACGUCAUGUUUUAGCGUCAGUCACACUGCACUGAGGUCCUUCCUGUAAACAACUCUGUGUGUGUCAGAGUUGGAGCAGCCGCUACUCCUUUUUAGCUGAUGAUUUCUCCAUAUUAACAGAUUAAAGGUGCCAGAUCUCAUCGCUGUGUGGUUCUUGUGGGUGACAGUGUUUGUUCCAGACACGCUACAUUAGGACUUGUUAGGACCAGAUUUCCAUUCAAUCCACUGCAGGGUGCGGCGCUGAUACUUUAACCGUGUUUCUGUAAAGAACGUCUGGAUUAAAUAACAUGCAUUGGUGAAGUUUUUUUUUUAAUAGCUGGAUUAACCGCAGUUUUACAAACCUGAAGAACAGAUUUAAUCUUUUUUUUAAAACUUUAUAAUCCUCCGAAUGUUCAUACCAGACAACUGGACCAGACCUGAAGACCUUCCAUCGGUAUUCACUGUUUAAUGUUGGAGAUUCUACAGACAAGAAACUUCACAGAAUCUUUAAGUGAUCAGACUAAACUAAAGAGAAAGUAAAAGCUUCCUGCAGUCACGAUGUUGCUGUAAUAUAACACUAAACAGAUGGCAGCAGGACAUUAAAUUCACACUGGAAAUGUUCUUCUGUCUCUGAGAAAAUCUGCCAACACUCCACAAGAGUCUUCCAGACAUCAUGUCCCUCCUUUAUAUUUCCAUCUUAUGGGUCUGUGCCUUUGUGGACAGUGCAGAAUCUCUGGUUACUGUAUCAGCUCCAGUGGGUUCCACAGUCAUCCUGCCGUGUAACCUGACUGAAGAGUUCAAAAAUACAUCAUUUAUUAGGUGGCAGAUCAACAGAAAAAACAUCGUGUUUGAGAGAAGGAGUGAUGUUACAUAUUCAGGUUCAGGAUAUGAAGGACGUGUGGAUGUUCCUGUGGACGAGCUGCGUAAAGGAAACUGUUCCCUGGUGUUGAAGAACGUCAGAUUUACUGAUGACAAAACCUUUACAGUGGAACAUGUGGAAAAUAACACUGGGGAAGCGAAAGAAAUUAACAGUGUUAGACUCUCAGUCUAUGCUCUUCAGAUAUCAGCUCCAGUGGGUUCCACAGUUGUCCUGCCGUGUGAUUGGAGUCAUCUGUCCAUCAAAACUCCUUACGUUCAGUGGUUUAUUGAUACUGAGACUGUGUUUGAGCGAAAAGGUAAAGAUCCAUAUCAGGGUGAAGGAUAUGAGGGUCGUGUGGACAUUCCUGAGGACGAGCUGCUUAAAGGAAACUGUUCCCUGGUGAUGAAGAACAUCAGUGUUAAUGAUACAGGAAUCUACAUCAGCGCCAUGUUAAUUACAGACACACAGGAAUCUGUCUUGGUCCAGAAGGUUAAACUGUCAGUUGUUGAGGGCAGUGUUAAUGAGACUCGUUCUUCAUCUGAGGACUCAGACUCACACCAGAAAAGCUUGAUUAUUUUAUAUGUUGGGAUCGUAAUCAUCAUCAUCAUCAUCAUCAUCAUCAUCUUCGUCUGUGUGUCUGUGUACUACAGCAGGGUGAAAGGUCUCAGUCGCGCCACUGACUCCACUGAACAGGAUGGAAACACACACAUCACAGUGUUCAGUACAACACAACGUCCAACAGUGUGACGUCCACAACAGUCAACACACAAACACAGAGUUAAUGACCAACACAAGAUGGUCUGCUCUGAUCUCAUCAUGGAUUUCAGAUCAUCUUAAACUUCAUCCCUGAGCCACUGAGCUGAUGUUCAUCUCUGGAGCUUCAUCACCAUGUCAGGAUCUUCUGAUUUACUGCAGAACUCUCAGAUCACACAUCAUGGACCAUCAGUUACUCUUCUAUCUAACCUGACGGUCUUGGUCAUGUGAUGUUACACUAAAUAAUGAACUGUGAACAGCUUUUGAGUUUUACAUUUAUAUUUUUAUUUGUGGUUUUAUUUUGAUGUGGUUUGUUGUGUUUACAUUGCAGCAGUAAACACAGUAUGUACAAUGGCUGAAGUCAUGUGUAGGAGCUUUCCAUUGCAAUUAACCACCUUAAAUACCUUUUCUCAUGAUUAGAUGCACCUGUCUAUGAAGUUCAAGGCCACCAAACCAAUUGUGUGUUCCAAUUAAUCACUGCUAACUAGUUACAGGUAUUCAAAUCAACAAAAUGGCAA